AUGAUUUCAGAAGAAUCUUCAAAUUCGCAAUCGUCGCGGUAUGUUAACUACUCAUGUGUUUUGGAUCUAGGAUGUAGUGUCGUGAGCGCGAUGUUAGCGCUUCGCGGGGGUUGGAGCGCGGGCGGGGGAGGUUACAGUGUGUGUUAUGUGUUAGUGUGCGUAUUGUUAUAUGCGUGUGCGUGCGAUGGCAAGCAGAUGAGUGAGACGUUACAGAGGGCGCUGUCAGCGGUACGUGGGCCGAGUCCUGGAGCCAAAAAGUUGCUCAACAUACCGGAUGAUGGAGAGCAAAGUUCCUCCGCCCUUCAGACGUCAUGGGACGCCUGUUUACAAGUGGAAAGCGUCGGCAGCUGCCACACGUCGCGCAACUUGUUGCCAGCUGCGUCAGACGAGUUGCUAACUUUUGUAACAAGUUGCCUUUGUUGA